AUGGCGGAUUAUGACAAACAAUUCCAAGAAGAUUUGGAAAGAGCCCAAGCACUGAGCCUAGAAUCCUUAGCCCUUGAACAAUUCAAGACCAAGAAAUUACAAGAACUGAAUAGGUCUGCUACAAGUGUGUCAGUUUCCUCCAAACCAAAAUCUACCAGUGGUAAAUUAACUCGAGCUUCAUCUAUGAGUGAAACUGAUUCAGUGCAGAUCAGGUAUGACAGACAGCAGAGCAAAUCAAGACCUAGGCCAGGUGUCCAAACAAGCAGCUUAACAAGUUCCCUUCUAGCACCACCUCCUCCGUCCCAUAGAAAGAAUAGCAAUGCCAGUGAUUCACCAGAUUUGAUUUCUUUUUCCAGCCCACCUCCUGUUACUACUAGUUCUACAGAUAUUAUUGAUUUUUGUAGACAACAAACAUACAACAAUCAACAACUAACUCUAUCGUCAUCACAACACUUUAAAUAUUGGCCGCAGAUGCCCGCGAACAUAUCAACCGUGGGCAACAUCCCGAGUUUGGCCCAGCAAGGGAUGUUGCCUGGCAACGCCGCUUUUUUCCCGCCCCCUAUUCCCCAGAUGCGCCUGCCCAUGUCCAGCGUGGGCAGUCCUGUGGUCCCGAGGCUGCCCUUCUAUCCUGCUGUCGCAUCGCCCAUGGGUAGCAGUCCGAUCUUGAGCCACUCUCCUCAAAUACAAAUACCACCAGCCCUGCCUCCGAAAAACCAACCGAGAACUCCGCCACCUCUGAUAGUACCGAAAAGCUCGUCCAUCGUCUCCAAACUGCCUACGAAUCCGUCGAUAAAGAGUCGAAAAAAAGUGGAGCCGAGUUCGCCGAAUCUGAUCGAUUUCGCGCAGGCCGAUAUCAGGGACAGCGUCAGGGUGAGCAUCCUGCAAGAGUUCGACCCGCUUUGCGAAUCCUUCUACGGCACUGCCAGUUCCAGAGCCAUAAGUCCAGACUGUUCAGUCGAUGAUGCCAUGUCGGUUUGCAAUAGCGUGUACGAAGAAUAUGACCCCUACGAUUUCAUUUAUUCCGGUUCCGGAAAUAACAGCAUAUCCGAUCCUAUUUACGCCACUAUAAACAAACCGGACAAUACGCCGCUUUCUCCGGGAGCUCCUCGGAUGUCAACGAUCGACAGAAGAACCUCAAAAAGCUUCAAGAGAAACCUUCUGGAUAUCAUUAAAGAAGUUGGCGAUCGAUCAUAUAGUAAAGAUCCGGAUUUGAGGGCCUUUCACAAUAUGGUCUGCAAUGUUAGAAAACAGUAUCGUUAUAACGAUCCAGACACUAAUAUGGGCCUAGUAAUUAGCCCAAUGGUGAACUACCAGUACACAGAUGGUCUCAGUAUUAAAUUGCAAGUUCAUCCUGAUAUCGAAGGGGCGGACUUCAGCCAACCUAUCAGUUUUACAUGUGAUGUCAAUUCGAGCGUCGAACACGUGACUCUACAGCUGAUCUGCGGACUCGACGCUUCCACGUCUAGUCAGUACACGUUGAAAGUGUGGGGCAGCAACGAGUACCUCGUGCCCACGACGUUUCUCAGCGAUUACGAAUACGUUCACGAUUGCAUCAAGUUGGACGAGGAUGUCGUUUUGAUCUUGAUACCGGAUUCCAAAAAGGAUAAAUCUUUUGCCAGGACUAUUCAAGAUGACAAUGACUAUGAAACAUUGAAAUUCGACAACAUCAUCCCGAAUGACACAGUUGUUUGUGUGACCUAUGAAAAUUUGAACAUUUCCCUAGAAAUCGUAGAGAAAGAAAUGAGAAAGUUGGAGGAAAACGCUUUACAGAUGGACAGAAACAGUAAUCCGACUCUGCAAUCUCUGGCUGUCAUACAGUCGGUCAAAUGUAUCGUUAAUUUGAUGGGGAACCUCUGUACCUUGGACAUAAUGUUGACCAUCGAAGCUCUCGAAGAAUGUUGCAGGAAUUUUUUACCGAUGAACGCCAUGAGCUUCUCUGAAACCAUCAACAACCACUGUAACAAAAUUCGUUUUGCCAUUCAGAAUCUGGUCGAGAUGUAUUGCCAGAUAUAUUCUGUGAACUUCGAAGUCAACAGUACCACCUCAAAUGAAUCAACAAGAUACGUCCAUGACAUCAUAGAUUCUGUAGUCGUGAGACUGUGCGCUGUCUAUCGACCGUCAUUCGACUGGGACUACGAGGACUACAGCAUCACAGCCCAAAUUUGUCACGGAACGAAGAAAAUCGGUCGAUCUGUCUGUUCGCAAACUAGUAAAAAACUGGAAAUGGACAAGUACUGGCCAUCGAGGAUCGUAUUCGAUAAUUGGCUGGAAUUCGAAGAUGUACCGAUAAACAGUUUGUCUAGAGAGUCCCGAUUGGUCCUGCAGUUGUUUGGCAAAACUCUGGUUACUACGGAAAGUGAAGAAACUAAAAAUACUAAUCUUCCGUUUUACAAAGAAGAGGAGAUCGGUUGGGGUGCUGUUCAGUUCUUUAAUUAUGAAGGUUCGAUGAUCCAAGGCUGCUUGCUGCUGUCCAUGUGGCCCAAAGAAUCCAACUACGUCAACGACCACAUCUACGGCCCGGCGCCGGCCAUGGGCACACAUCCCCACCCCGACCACCCCAUGAUCGGCGUCGAGGUGGUCGCCCCAACGGGGGUGGUUUUCCCCGCGACGUCCCCAGAUAUGUACGGGGAUGUGGCCAAAGGGGAGUUCGGCACGUUAGACAACGAGACGCAGCAGCUGCUGGAGGACGCGUGCGAUCAGGAUUUGUUGUACAGGUUCUCGCCCGAAAUCAGAGAGAUAUUGUGGGAAAAACGCCACUAUCUGUACCACCUGCCCACAGCGUUGCCGAAGGUGCUUUUGGCCGCCCACAGUUGGGAGUACGAUCGGUUGCCCGAUUUGCACGGGAUGCUGCAUACUUGGACCAAACUGAAACCGAUACAAGCGUUGGAGUUGUUGUUGCCAGUUUAUCCAGAUUUGGAGGUGAGAAAGAUGGCGAUAAAGUGGAUAAGAGGUCUGACGAACGACGAGCUCGUCGACUAUCUGCCCCAGCUGGUGGUGGCCUUGAGGCACGAGACCUACGAGAAUUCCCCGUUGGCGCAAUUCCUGCUGGACAGAGCCCUGCGUUCGCCCAGAUUCGCCCAUUAUUUGUUCUGGCUUUUGUGCCAAAGUUUGCCGGGAAAUUCUCCGCAGAAUUGUAAUAGUGAGACUAGGAAUAAUGAAGAGAUGAGUAUAAGUGAGGUUAGGCAUCACAGAAGACUGAAAUUAAUGCUGAGAGCUUUAUUGGCUGUGAGUGGGAAAUCGUUGGGUGACUGUUUCUUAUCACAACAGUCCCUUGUCAAGAAACUGAGCGACAUCGCCGAAGAAGUCCAAAAAACCAAAGAAUCUCACCGUCUGACGAUCCUGCAAAAUGCUCUCGCUCAAAUCCACAAAGACCUUCAAGACACCCCUACCAGUUUGCCCCUGUCGCCCACUCUCAGGGUAAAAGGAGUCGACGUAGAAUCGUGCUCCUACUUCCCCUCCAAUACGCUGCCGCUGAAGAUCAACUUCCUGAUGGAGGACAGUUCCGUGAGGGCGGCUAUUUACAAGGUGGGCGACGAUUUGCAGCAAGACAUGCUCACCUUGCAGAUGAUCAGGCUGAUGGAUAAAUUGUGGAUGAAGGAGGGAUUAGAUUUGAAGAUGGUCGCUUUCACGUGCAUACCCACUUCUAGGAAGAAAGGUAUGAUCGAGAUGGUUACGAAAGCUGAAACGCUACGAAAAAUACAGGUAGAACAUGGUCUGACAGGGUCAUUCAAAGACAAGCCCAUAGCAGAAUGGUUCGCCAAGCACAAUCCUUCCGAAUUGGAAUAUGCAAGGGCCAUACAGAAUUUUACAGCAUCAUGUGCUGGUUAUUGUGUAAUAACGUAUAUUCUUGGUAUCUGUGAUAGACAUAAUGAUAACAUUAUGUUAAAAACUUCUGGUCACCUGUUCCAUAUCGAUUUCGGUAAAUUCUUGGGAGACGCACAAAUGUUUGGUAACUUUAGGAGGGAUCGGGCUCCUUUCGUUCUCACCUCUGACAUGGCAUACGUGAUAAAUGGUGGCGAUAGACCGACGGAAAAAUUCCACCAUUUUGUGGAUUUGUGUUGUCAGGCAUUCAAUGUUAUCAGAAAUAAUAGGAAUUUAUUUUUAUUUUUGAUAACAUGUUCAGGUAUAUGCAGGAUAACUCCAGAAUCCAUCAGUUACAUGCACAAAGCGUUGCUUCCGGAGCUGUCGAAUCCAGAGGCGGCGGCCUAUUUCACUAGACUUAUUGAGGAGUCCCUGAAAACGCGAUUCACCCAAUUCAACUUUUUCCUGCACAAUCUGGCCCAGUUGAAAUUCACUGCCGACAACAAUGGCGGAUCAUUGUUGUCUUUCGUUCCGAAAACUUACAGUAUGACCACAGACGGACAAUUGGUGCACGUGGAAGUUGUGAAUUAUAGAAAACGAUACGAUCCUGAUAAGUAUUACGUUUAUAUACUUAGGGUAUAUAGAAAGGGUCAGAAUCAGCCGAUGGAGAUCCAGAGAAAAUACAAAGAAUUCUGCGAGUUGCACCAGAAAUUAUGCAUCUAUUUUCCUUUGGCGAAGUUGCAUAGUCUUUCCACUGGACUUCACAUGGGACGAUCCAACAUCAAACAAGUCGCUCAGAAGAGGUUCAACGAAAUCAGUCUUUUUGUAAAGUCCCUCUUCCUCUGCGCACAUGAAAUAGCACAUUCCGAUCUAGUUUAUACGUUUUUCCAUCCUCUAUUGAGAGACCAACAGUAUUCCGAAGAGUAUUCCAAAAAAGUAAAAGACCGAAGUAGUGACGAUCAGUACGAGGCGGGACGCCUCAAAGGCCAGUUGAAGCUGUCGCUGCAAUACAGAAAGGGCGUCUUCACCGUCAUGGUGCAGCAUGCCAGAGGGCUGCCCAGGCUGUCGAACGGCCAGGAACCGUCCACCUACGUCAAAGUCUAUCUGCAUCCUGACGCGCCCAAAGCGACGAAGAGGAAAACGAAGGUGGUGAGGAAGAACUGUCAUCCGAGUUUCAUGGAAAUGUUGGAGUACCGCAUGCAGCUGGACGUGAUAAAGGUCCGCAAGCUGCAAGCGACAGUGUGGAGCUACGACGCGCUGCAAGAGAACGAGUACAUGGGCGGUGUCGAGCUGGAUCUCGGCCCGCUCGAUUUGUCGGAGGAGACGAGCGAAUGGUACUCGUUGGUGAACUUGAGCAGAUAG